AUUAAGUGGGAGGAAAUGAUACAAGCUAGAAGCACACUCGAAGCCUCAGUUCUACAAGGUACGUGAAGUUCGCUGGUUGUUUGUCAUAGCCUGUCCGAUAUACGUUCAACAAGUUUAGUGUACCUACUCGGAGACUUGGAUCAACUUACAAAUAUGUGGAAAUUCACGUUAUUGUUAUUGCUGUUGAUCUAUGGAGCUGCAAAGUACUGGAGCAAUUCAGAAAAUCUUGAAGUACCAGUACUACCUAGUGACCAGUACUGGGGAUCAAGAGAAACUCAUAAGGAUGACCAAAGUAUUCGGCCAUUCAAAAUCGACGUUAAAAAAGAGGUUAUCGAUGACCUUAAUACGCGCCUCAGCAGGACCCGAUCUUUGAGAAAGCCACUGGAAGGUGCUGGAUGGACUUACGGUGUGGACAGCGAAUACCUACAAAGCGUACUGGAAUACUGGAGGACUAAGUACGACUGGACCCAGCGUCAAACCCUUCUUAACAAGUAUCCGCAGUUUAAGACCAGCAUUCAAGGUUUGGACAUCCACUUUUACCAUGUGAAACCCACGAUCCCUAAGAGCCUUUCUGUCAGAGUUCUCCCUCUGCUACUAGUUCACGGCUGGCCCGGAUCCAUCGUUGAAUUCCAGAAGAUCAUCCCUCUGCUCACGGUACCACGUGCUGAUCGGGAUUUCGUCUUCGAGUUGAUCAUACCAUCGCUACCAGGUUACGGGUUUUCUGAUGCAGCAAUUCGCCCUGGUUUAGGCUCCACUCAGAUAACGGUAGUGUUGAAGAAUUUAAUGAGCAGGCUAGGGUUUGAAAAAUUUUAUGCUCAAGGCGGGGACGCGGGAAGCAUCAUCACCGCAAACAUGGGAGUUCUUUACCCCGAGAGUGUUAUGGGAAUACACUCGAACAUGUGCCAAAAUAAUGCACCCUCUUCUUACCUCUGGACCAUUCUCGGUGCCUACAUUCCAUCUCUAGUCGUCAGCAGUGAGCACUGGUCCAAGAUGUACCCUCUAAGCUACCAUUGGUCACGUCUUGUCGAAGAAUUUGGUUACGUACACAUACAGGCCACAAAGCCAGACACAGUCGGCACCGCACUCACCGACUCUCCGGCUGGUUUGGCUGCCUACAUCUUGGAAAAGUUCAGCACAUGGACGAAUCCAGAGUACAGAUUCAGCAAAGAUGGUCGACUGCUCGAAAAGUUUACCAUCGAGGAACUCUUGGACAACGUUAUGAUCUACUGGGUGACAAACUCGAUCACAACAACAGUGCGAUUGUACGCCGAAACUUUUAGUAUUGCUCAUCUGAGCCUUCAGACGGAAACGUUUCCUAUCAACACACCGACAGCAUGUGCCUUAUUUCCGCACGAAAUCACCUACCAGUCGGAGUCCCUGUUACGUUCCAGGUACCGCAAUUUGCUUCAGAUAAAUCACAUGCCUCGAGGUGGUCACUUCGCCGCUUUAGAGGAACCCCAACUUCUCGCCGAUGAUUUUUGGUCCUUCGUUACCCUGGUAGAAGCAAAAAGAACGCUCGACAAAACUGCCAAGUCAACCGAAUUAUAAUGAUCAGUAUUUUAUUUCUCGCUUUGAUGUCUAACAUAUUUUUAUACGCCGCGUGAUUAUUUACGUAUCGCGAGAUCUUAUCGAGAAAUCACGAAUUAAUCAAUUCCCAUCACUGAUAGUCUCUGUUCGUUUAAGUCUGCCCGUGUGCAGUAAAUGUUUCAAAUUAAAUGGCAAUAUGCAUUCAGGUAUAUCAAACUACAAAUUUAAGAGACACAUUAAAAUUAAUUUGACUC